AUGUCUGGAAUUUCAGCAUCUGAAUUGGCUCACGAUGGGCCCCUGAAGACAUCAGUGACGAGAUCAGAUCCAGAGAGCCAACUCAGUGCCCCAUUCGUCAUUUAUGAACCUCUCCCCAUCAUAAGGAACAAGUCGCUUGGAGCGGGCUCGAUAUUACCGAUCGGUGCGUUCGCCACGACUCUGACGACUCUAUCGCUUUCUCUUAUGGAAUGGCGAGGCGUCACGACUACCAACGUGUACAUUGCAAACUUCUUCUUCAUCGCCGCGUUUGGCCUAGUGGUAACUGCCCAAUGGGAGCUGGCGAUCGGUAAUGGUCUCACAUACUCCGUCUACAGCGCAUUCGCGUUGCUGACGCCAGCCUUUGGGGUCGCGGAUGCAUACGGCGACGAUAUCCAGCAGUAUAAUAAUGCUCUUGGGUUCUUCAUGAUAUUAUGGACCGUCUUUGUUUUUGCUCUUUUGAUCGCGGUAAUUCCUACGAACCUCACCUUUAUCGUGAUCUUCGUCUUUCUUGUGCUUGGCUUCCUAUUCGUGGCCAGCAGCUAUUUUGCCGCCGCGGACGGGCAUCCUGCCGCCUCAGUCAGCCUCAAGAAGGCCGGUGGGGUGUUCUGUUUCCUGGCUGGAUUAGGUGGCUGGUGA